AUGCCCCGGCCACCCCAGCUUAAACACCAAGACCCCAUUGAUGAGGAUUUCGAAGAUGGUUUCUCGUUACCAUCCGACCUCACUCGCCUUUCACUCGCCCCUUUGUCCCUCAAUCACCGUUCCUCGAAAGAAUUCUCUCGAGUGGGGCGACAAAGACCAAACGUCAUCUUCACAGUCUUUCGACGCUACCCGUCUCUUGGGUUCGCUGACGCUUCACCGUCAUCCAAUUCCACCUCCUCUGCCUCUUCCACAUCUUUGCCCGACACAGAAACAGAUGAUGAAGACGACGACGACGUUGAGGGUCAGAUAAUCCCAUCCGAAAUUUUUGAAUCAGGUCACGGUGACUGCAAACUCAGCAAAAGAAGAUGA